AUGGAAGUAAUUGAACAUGUUGAAAAUCUGCCUUUAUUUAUAAGAAUCUGCAGCAAAUUAUUAGGUCCUGAUGGAAAGCUAUUUAUUUCUUCUAUAAAUAAAAGUUAUGAAUCUUAUUUGAAAUUAAUAAUAGGAGCAAUAUAUAUUAUGAGAGUAGUUGUAUAAGGUACGCAUGAUUGGAACAAUUUUAAGACGUCAGAAUAGGUGUGGCUUCAAUUAAAUAAAUUAAAAAUAAAUUUAAAUAUGGUAUUAUGUGUUAAUUUAAAUUUAAGUUAUGUAGUGUUAAGUAUGAUUUAGGAAGUGGCUAGAUGAAAUAUAGUAGUAAUGAAGCUUAGUAUAUUUUGGCUUGCAGCAAAUAAAAAAGGGAAUGA